AUGUUCCUUGCUUACAAUCUUUCAAACUUUUUCACAAGCAUUUUUGGGAGCAAGGAUGUAAUAGAGCAGAAACAACAUGACUUGUACAAACCGCUGAUCAAUCAAGAAGAUAGAGAUGAAGAGAGAAAUUAUACCAAUCAAUUGCCUACAUCAUCUUUAUGGUCAAAUCCAAGUAUAUAUGAGUCAAGCUUAUGUGUUGACACAAUUAUCCAAAAUCCUUUUGCUGAUGAAAAUGAAAGGAAUUUUAGUAAAACCACAAAGGAAAAUUGGAUAAGAACCCUGGUUCUUGCAAAUAUCAUAGUAUAUUUCAUUAUCGGACUAAUUAUACUGUUUUCUCUCUAAAUCUUCAAAGCUUUUACACAUCUUUAUGACCAUCUAAGAUUUAAUUAUUCUU